GUGCAUGUUAUCAUCCAAACAAACGAAACGAAAGGAAUUUGGACAUUAUAGUUUUAAUGGACGUGAAACAUUUAAAUCCUUAAUUUGAUAUUCUUUUUUAGUUGUGUGUGAUUGCUUGUGAUUUAGUUUCUAAGGCCUAAAAGAAUGGCGACCAAACAAAAUAAAUCGACAGAGAGGCUGAUUGUUGACUAUGAUGAACAUGAUGAAAGUACAGACGAGGAGCUGCUUGGAACAUCUGCGGAUGUGUUCCAGCCACUUUCCAUCAAUUCAAACCCGAACGAUAUUGAACAGCGUCCACUAUUCAUUCAUCAACGUCCUCAACAAACGGAGUCAAUAUAUGAAAGCUUAGAUUACGAUAUCUGUGAAAAUGUGUUGUACAAAUCCGAACAGAAAAAUCGCGACAAAUCGUUCACAACCAAAAAGGAUUUCGCGCGAUGGAUGGUUUUUAUUCUAAUUGGCGUUUUGACUGGAAUCACAGCGUGCAUAAUUGAUAUAGCGAUCGAGAUUAUAUCCGGUUACAAAUAUAAUUUUCUUAAGAAUUCUGUUGACUAUAACAUCCUCAGUGGAGAUCUGUACGCUCCAUAUUUGUUUUAUGUUCUUACAAAUAUCAUACCGGCUACAUUCGGGUCAAUUUUGGUGGCAUAUGUUGAACCAAUUGCUGCUGGCAGUGGAAUUCCACUAGUCAAAUGUUAUCUGAAUGGAGUUAAAGUGCCAAGAAUUGUCCGCUUUAAAACUCUAAUAGUCAAAGUGGUCGGAGUUAUAUCCUCAGUUACUGGAGGAAUGGUUGGAGGAAAGGAAGGUCCGAUGAUCCAUGCUGGUUCAGUGAUUGCGGCUGGCAUUUCUCAAGGCAAAAGCACAACAUUUCGUCGGGAUUUCGGAAUAUUUCGUUACUUUAGAGACGAUCACGAGAAACGAGACUUCGUUGUCGGCGGAGCUUCGGCUGGCGUCGCAGCAGCCUUCGGUGCUCCGUUAGGUGGAGUUUUAUUCGCCUUGGAAGAAGCAGCGAGCUACUGGAAUCAAGCGCUGAUAUGGAAAGCGUUAAUAGCGUCAAUUAUUAGUUCAUUUACGUUGAAUGUUAUAUUGUCAUGGUACCACGAUUUGAAAACGUUUUCGUAUCCCGGUCUGUUUAAUUUGGGUCAAUUCGAACCAUUACCGUACGAGUAUUUCGAAAUUCCAAUAUUCGUCACGAUGGGCAUGUUUGGUGGUUUGAUCGGAGCUCUAUGGAAUUCAGUGAACAUCAAAUUGACCAUCCUUCGUUCAAGGUACAUAACAACAAAAUGGGGCAGAGUUCUAGAAGUGGUGAUUGCUGCAGCUGUAACAGCCACUGUGGCAUGUUGUAUGAUGUUUACCAUGAACGAUUGUCGUCCGCUCGGACUAGAUCCAACGCCUUAUCCUGUCCAACUGUUUUGUGAAGACAACGAAUAUAAUGCAGUGGCCGCUCUAUGGUUUCAAACACCGGAAGCAACUGUGAAAUCGUUGUUCCACGAUCCAUCCGGUUCGCACAAGAUCAUAUCAUUGGUUUUAUUCGUCGUCGUAUACUAUCCACUGUCAUGCAUAACAUAUGGACUGAGCAUAUCGGCGGGAUUAUUCAUACCAAUGCUAUUGAUUGGUGCUGCGUGGGGCAGAUUGGUGUCCAUGUCGUUGAAUGCAUUCUUUCCAUAUUGGAGUUUUAUUCAUCCUGGUAAAUAUGCGCUGAUUGGAGCCGCUGCAAAUUUAGGUGGUGUCGUUCGAAUGACGUUGAGUUUAACGGUAAUUUUAAUUGAGAGCACGGGGAACAUAUCAUUUGCUCUGCCGCUGAUCAUAACAUUGAUUUCUGCUAAAUGGAUGGGCGACUAUUUCAACGAGGGAAUCUACGACACAAAUAUUGAAGUAGCAAAAGUGCCCAUGUUACCGUGGUACGCGAGAAAAUCAGCGGAAGGAUUACAAAUUCGUCAAAUCAUGAACAGUCCACCGGUCUGCAUUCGAAUGAAGGAGAGUACGAGUCGCAUUGUUCACAUUCUGAAAACAUAUUCGUACAACGGAUUUCCGGUUGUUGACGAGAUUGAAACAGAAGAUGGUAUAUCAACUGGUCGUCUACGCGGAUUUAUAUUGCGUUCGCAAUUGGUUGUUAUCCUAAAGAACAGUUUCUACGAAGAGAAUCAGGAACGCUGGAUCGAUGAUGUAUCUAUUGACGAUUUUCGCGACGAAUAUCCACGUUAUCCGUCCAUAGACAAAAUCGAAAUCAAAGACUCGAAAUCCGACUACACCAUCAAUUCGGAAAUGUUUAUGAAUCCGUCACCGUACACCGUGCCGGAAAUAUCGACCGUUCCACGUACAUUUCAAAUGUUCCGCUGUUUAGCCCUACGACAUCUGAUCGUGGUGGAUUCAAAUAAUCGUGUCAGCGGGCUGAUUACACGAAAAGAUUUUGUUCACAAUGCACCGCAGUAAGAUGAUAUUUUAAUGGAGUGGACGAUCUCAGAAUAUUUUUUUUAUUUGUGUUAAUGAAUUUAUGCAUAAUAAAAACCGCAAGGAAAUUUUUUAA